AUGGCUGACGAGAAAGCAUUUGAUGCCACUUCCAGCAGCUCAUCUGGACCCAAGCCAGGUGUGCUCAGCAGCCAUGAAGGCUCUCAUGUCCACACAACCACCUUGGCAAAGGUACUCACGGUCCAACGUUCGUCCAAUCCGCUCAAGCGCACUUACAGUCUACCUAUCGUUCAGGUUGCUCUCGUUGGACUGGUAUGCUUCCUCACAAGUGGUCUUUACAACGCUCUUUCUGGAAUCGGAGGUGGAGGCCAAGUCAACUCUGACGCAUCCAACAAGGCGGCUGUGGCUUUGUACUCGACCUUCUCGGUGGUAUCCUUCUUUGCCGGUACGAUCCACAACAAGCUUGGAUCGCGCGUGACGCUUGGUCUGGGUGCACUUGGCUACUGUCUGUACGUCGGAGCGUUCCUUUCGUACAACAUCAACCAAAACCAGGGGUUUGUCAUUGCUGCUGGUGCCAUCCUCGGUGUCUGUGCUUCGCUACUUUGGACGGCACAGGGAGCACUCAUGCUCGCUUAUCCCACUGAAUCACAAAAAGGUCGCUUCAUCAGUGUCUUUUGGGUCAUCUUCAACUUGGGCGCCGUCCUUGGUUCGGCCAUUCAACUCGGUCUCACCUACAACUCGACGGGAAACACGGUCUCCAACGGCGUCUAUGCUGCGUUUAUCGUGCUUACCGGUCUCGGCUCGCUUGCCGCCGCGGUGCUCAUGGAUCCUGCCAAGGUUAUCCGAGAUGAUGGCACGCGCGUUCUGGUUCCGAGCCAGACCACCUGGGCUAAGGAACUUCAAGGCCUCUUUGUGCUUCUUCGAUCCGAUCCGUGGGUGGUCAUGCUGUUCCCAAUGUUUCUUGCCUCGAACUGGUUCUACACCUGGCAGUUCAACGACUACAAUGGUGUCCUCUUUACGCUCCGAACCCGCUCUCUCAACAACCUGCUCUACUGGCUCAGUCAGAUGGCGGGUAGCUUAGCUUUCGGUCUGAUUCUUGACAGCAAGCGAAUGUCGCGAAGGUCGCGUGCUUGGAUUGGAUGGAGCAUCGUUCUCAUCUUCACAUGGGCUGUCUGGGGCGGAUCGUACGAAGUACAAAAGACGUAUAGCCGGGCCAGUGUAGCUGAUGAGACGGAGCGCAUCGAUUUUAGUGACUCGAGCAAGUACGUGGGCUAUUGCUUCCUCUACAUCUUCUCAGGCAUGCUCGACGCCAUCUGGCAGAACCUGGCCUAUUGGCUAAUGGGCGCGUGCUCCAACGACCUUUCCAAGCUGGGCUACCUGGCCGGAUUCUACAAGUCGAUUCAGUCAGCUGGCGCAGCAGGUGCAUUUGGGAUGGAUAAGGACAAGCAUCCCUUCAUGACCAACCUCGCUGUGACGUGGGGUCUCUGUGCUGUCGGCUUGCUCUUCGUUAUCCCGGUCAUUGCUUUGCGUGUCAAGGAGCACACCGAUCCGCUUGAAGAGGUGACUGUGCCUGGCCGAGCUGAAGAAAUUGCUGCUGUCGAAGAGUUUGCCCACGCUAAUGCCGGCGACAAGCACAUUUGA